ACCAAGACCCCGCCCCCCACAGGGCUAUUUGGAGAUUGGUGGGUGCAGAUACCUCGUUUCCCAAUUGGUCACGGGGUAGGGCGGCCUCAUGACCCGGAAGUGGUCUCGGAGGCGGCGGCCGCGUGGUUCGUUCAUUCGCUAAGCGGGUUGCGGCCGCUGCUAAGAUGACCAAAAUAAAGGCCGUUCCCGAGGAGUCGGAGGCGCAGGCGGAGGGCGGCGGCGAGGAGCGCACGUACGAAGAGCUGCUGGUCAACCUGAACCCCAUCGCGCAGCCGCUGGCUUCCCGCCGCCUGACGCGCAAGCUCUACAAGUGCAUCAAGAAGGCCGUGAAGCAGAAGCAGAUUCGACGCGGGGUGAAGGAGGUUCAGAAAUUUGUCAACAAGGGCGAGAAAGGAAUCAUGAUUUUGGCAGGAGACACGCUGCCGAUUGAGGUGUACUGCCAUCUUCCAGUUAUGUGCGAGGACCAGAACUUGCCCUAUGUCUAUAUCCCCUCCAAGACGGACUUGGGUGCAGCUACAGGUUCCAAGCGUCCCACCUGUGUGAUCAUGGUGAAGCCCCAUGAGGAAUAUCAGGAGACCUAUGACAAGUGCCUGGAGGAGGUGCAGGCCCUGCCAGCACCUCUGUGAGAGACUUGGGCUGCAGCCUAUUCUAGGAGCUGCUGGGCUGGCUGCAGGCGGCUGCCCACUCUAACCGCAUCUCCCCGGUUCCUGACGUGUGAAAUCUUCCCAGGCAGCUGUUCUUGGAGGUAGAGCCAGCAUCUUUCCAUCAGUGCCAUCUCCUGUUGAGCUUGGAUGAAGACAGUUCCAAGAAUGUGGGGUGGAAGUAAAUGCUGAGGCAAAAA